CCCAAACAAUGCCUACAAAAAAGAAGUUCACAAAAAUAUGCUCCGUUUGCGGCGAAAAGGCUAUCGGUUACAAUUUUUGUGCCAUUUCUUGUGAGUCGUGUAAAGCGUUUUUUAGAAGAAAUGCCACUAAAUUAGAGGAGUAUAAGUGUCCGUUUGAGGACAAAUGCAAAGUAAAUGUCGUGACCAGAAAAUUCUGCCGCAAGUGUCGGCUCCGCAAGUGUUAUACCGUUGGAAUGAAACAGGAAUGGAUUCUCAACGACGAGGAGAAAGAGUUACGUCGACUACAGAUAGAGGAGAACCGGAAGUGGAGAGAAACCAAUGAUCAUAAAAAUGACACCAAAACCAGUGACCCGUCGACGACAAGCAUACCAUCGCCGGCCGACACGGCGGACACCGACACCACUAUUAGCCUAUUGGACGCGUUUGACAGCACAGACAUCACCGACGAGGAGACAAUAGUGGCCAACAUAUUGCACAUCGAAAGCUAUAUCUCCGACACCAACUGUUCCAACACUUCCAACAGUAAAAUCACCAAAACUACAGCCAAAGACCAGAUAUCGGACGAGACGUACGACAAGGUGGUGGAGAUGGAGCUAUCAGUGCUACCUAUACCUCAGGUGCCGGUCAACGACGUUAGCUCAUUGAACGAGAUCGAGUGGGCCAGACUGACCGAGUUGUUUCAGCUCACGGCCGAUCUGCACCGGCCCCGACCCGAGACCAGGCUGGUGGCCCGAGAUGGGCGACAAGUGGCCCAGUUCUUUGCCACCAAGUUCGAGUCGUUUGUCGGUAGGUUUGUGAACGUGAUGAAACGGCUGUCCGCUUUCCAGACCAUAUGCGAGAAUGACCAAAUUGCCCUGAUCAAAUAUAGCAGUAUCGAGGCGUUACUUAUGCGCACAGCCCUCUACUUUGAUUACGACCAAGAGUUUUGGACAUUUAUU